UGAUUUUUUUUUAUUUGUUGUCUGAGUGAAUGAGGGCUGCUCAUCAGGAAGUAUCCGGCAGGCGAAACGUUAACAAUAAUUGUUUUAAAUUUGGGGCCUCGGCCGCGUCCUUCUGUGUUCCACACGACAAAGAACAGGCCGGAGGUUUCCCUGCCAGAGCCGCUAAAAAUGAGAAUUUAUCCAGGGGGCGUCGAUGGACGGAGACAGUUCGACUACCGAUGCCUCCCAGCUGGGAAUCAGCGGAGAGUACAUGGCUUCCAGUCACUACGUACUGCAGUCGCAAGAUGAUGAUGCAGACGAGAGUCUGAAUGAUCAUGAGGAUGGCGGCAUCAAAGAAAACUACAGGGAACAGGACAUCUACCUUCCGAUUGCUAACGUGGCUCGCAUCAUGAAGAACGCUGUUCCACAGACUGGAAAGAUUGCAAAAGACGCAAAAGAGUGUGUGCAGGAGUGCGUGAGCGAAUUCAUUAGUUUUAUCACAUCGGAAGCUAGCGAGCGCUGCCACCAGGAGAAGAGGAAGACCAUCAACGGCGAGGACAUCCUGUUCGCCAUGUCCACGCUGGGCUUCGACAUGUAUGUGGAGCCGCUGAAGCUCUACCUGCAGAAGUUCAGAGAGGCCAUGAAGGGGGAGAAGGGGAUACCUGGAGUAGCGGUGGGAGAAGGACUGGGGGAGGAACUUGGAGAUGAUAGCUUCACAAACCAGCUGCCGGCUGGGAUUAUUACAGCAGAUGGACAACAGCAGAACGUCAUGGUGUACACCACCUCAUACCAACAGAUUCCUGCUGUGCAGCAAAUCCAGUUUUCAUGACGAGGACGUUUCCCAAGUGUGACCCUGCUGAGGGGCAGAGAUGGGGGGGGGGGGGGGUGUACACAACCCUCAUGUACAGAAAAAUUAGUAUAUGUUCAUCAGAAAUCGUAGUUUCUAGUUGUGAGGUACCAAAUGUUUUGGAGCAAAUCCAAACCAGCUGGGAAAUUUAAGGCUUUAUUUUAAAGGCUAGUGUUAUUACGUAAUUUAGUGUUCAGAUUUGUUUUUUUAUUUGCAUGUGUGCAUGUGUUUGCAUUUGUGCAGUUGUUAUUCCUUUGUGUGUGUGCGUGUGUGUGUGUGUGCGUGCAUGUAGGGGUGGGAAUGUAACUUUUUUUUUUAUGUAUUUGAACCAUGAGAAGCGACAUUACAGCUGAUCAUGCGGCUCUUGAGUUCACGUAAUUUACAACGUGCUUUAAUUUAAAUCCUUUGAAUAAAAAUUCUAAAAUGGCAUGAAAGCAUCAA